CAGCCCCCCCGCUCCCUUAAAGUCAGCAGGUGAUCUGUCAAUCUGAGCACCACCCCCAUGAAAGAGAUAUCUGCCGAUCACACUGUCGAACGCUCAGCCAGACAGAUUUAGCAGCGGCUGGAGAAUCAGUGUGUCAGUCGGGCACCGUGACAGAGAGUAACUCUCCUGCACCGUGAGCGACCACGCGACCAGCACCAUGGAGAUCUCCCUGGAAGACGACAACGGCUCCUCAUCGGCCAACGUAGAGUAUAAAGGAGCUCAUCAAGCCUUCAGGGACCGGUGGAAAGGGACGGACGAGACCAUGUGCCGCCACAGCAUGUCCUUCCACCUGCAGCACUCACUGAGGAGCGACUUCUUCGCCAGCUACCUGUACCUGCUGGAGAAGACUCCUCUGGUGAAGCUCUUCCCGGUCACCUGCGAGUACAUCAAGGGGGAGAAGCAGUUUUACUACCGAGCUCAGCAGUUCUACGAGGACGUGGCGGCCUCGGAGGAGGGCAUGAUGGGAGAUUUUGUGGAGAUAUCCAACGUCGACCUGGAGGGUUCCAGGCAGUUCCUGAAGAGGUUUGUGGGUCCAGGUAAGGCCGGAACACACUGCGCCCUGGACUGCGGCUCCGGGAUCGGGCGCGUGACCAGAGGCGUCCUCCUUCCUGUGUUUGAGAAAAUGGAAAUGGCGGACAUGAUGGAGCACUUCCUGCUCCACGCACACGAGGAGUACCUGGGCGACGACGCCGACCGCAUCGAGACCUACUACUGCUACAACCUGCAAGAGUUCACGCCUCCGAAGAACAAGUACGACGUCAUCUGGAUGCAGUGGGUGGCGUGUCACCUGACAGACAAGGACCUGAUGAACUUCCUGUUUCGCUGUAAGAAGAGCCUGCGUCCAAACGGCGUCAUCAUAAUGAAGGACAAUAUGGCGCGGCAGGGCUGCAAGCUGGACUCCAUCGACAGCACCAUCAGCCGCCACCUGGACAUCAUGAAGUGCAUCAUCGCCAAGGCCGGCCUGGAGGUGCUGGAGGUGGAGCUGCAGGAAGGAUUCCCUGAUGUCAUCAUGCCCGUCUGGAUGAUCGCCAUGAAAUAGACGCCACAUUAGUUCUGUGAAAAGUUUCAGAUUGUUGUUUCUCAAAAACCAGGAGGAAAAUCCACCGUAAAGCAGAAUUCACAUGUUAUUCCAGUUCUGCUAAAGUCCUUAAGAUUUGUGAUUGAUUCUCUAAAACCUACAAAAACACAGCGAGAACUCCUCACGUCAUCAGGAGAUAAAUCCUGAAGCGGCCGCGUGGACGGGGAGAUGACACCCAGCGUGACUUUAUGGAGACAGGAGUCUUUUUCCUGCUCUGCCCUGACAUGAAAUAAAGCUUCAGUGGAACAUUAAACCUCCACAGAAGCACUCGGCGUGUCCACAAAGACACUCUGUGAUUUACUGUCCACCACCAGGUUCUGCAUCCGACGGCAUCAAACGCCCGAGCCUCAAUUCUCUGUGGGAGAGGUUUGUUCCUGUCCGAGGAUCAUUGGAAUAACAUGUGAAUUUAGAUUUACUGCUGGGUUUCUCCUCCCACUGUGACACUGCAGCGUGUCAGUGACGUGUCAGUGACGUGUCAGUGACGUGUCAGUGACGUGUCAUAGUGGACUGGAUUCAAAUGUUGUUGUGCACGAUUAACAUGUGAUCUGCAUGUACAUAUGUGAUGUGGACAUCUGAUCACAGGCCUUUACAUUCAUACCUUUUAUUAUUAUAAUAACUCAGUUUGUAGGUCAGAUAGGGGGCGCUGUCCACAACCACGCAGAGAGAGAGAGAGAGAGAGAGAGAGAGAGAGAGAGAGAGAGAGAGAGAAUUUAAAUCCAUCAUAAUGUCGGGAAAUCCUCACAACCCCCAAUCUCAAAACCCAAGAUGGCGGCUGCACGCAUCAACACUGUAAAUAAAGACGAACGGAGAAUCUCUACUUUCACCUGUUGUACAAACAUUAAGCCAAAAUAUCUCAGAUACAAACGUCCGUUCAUCACAUUCAGGUGCGCUCAGGUCGGUCAGAUGUACAUUUUGUUUUUAUGUGACCUUGUGUUUUAUACUUUGCUUGUAAUAUUGCAUUUUUAUAUUGACUUCUCUUGUGUGUGUGUACAUGUAGAAUUGUGCUGCUUCACUUGAACGACAUCAACACUGGAGUUUGAGUGUUUUUAUAAAACUCUGACAGCAUA